AUAUGUAGUGACAAUACAUUGCAGUCAUUCAUAACAUUAUAUUCAGUCGUCUACUACUUAACACUCAUUUGUAAAUCAAUUGCUUUUAUAUUCAUAUGAUUUCAGUGAUUGUCAGACAAUACCACAAACACUACCAUCGAUAGAGUGAAGUAAUAAUAAUGACAAUGAGUGAAGACAAGCCUCCCAUCUGUGCGAACCUGAUUGUGCCCGUCCUCAUCAGACCCAUCAUUCAUAAGAUCGAGAAACACGACCCGAUGGCCGCACAAACCCUAUUGAAUGCCAUCAAUAAGGCUGAGGCGACAGAACCGGGGAUUAUGUUGGAUGUGGUGACCAGUAUUCUCAAGAGACGAGAUCUCAACGUCAAUAUCACCGAGUCUUUGCUCAAACUUCAGGGACAUAUCCCUGAAUUCGAUGACCAUAAGUGCAAACGCCCUGAAGAGCUGUUUCAGGACUUGAAUCGCAAGACGUAUUCCCUGAAGAAGAUUUUGAGCCGAAUUCCCGAUGAGAUCAAUGACAGGAAGACUUUCCUCGAGACCAUUAAGUAUUGCUUUGNAGAGAAGAGAUGA